AUCUAUCUCUGUAUAAACCCUCUCUCUCUUCUCAAAACCCUUUCUCUCUGAAUCAUUCCAUUUCCAUUUCUCAAUCACCUCUGCAAAUCUCGAUAUGGCAAACGCGCAAAGAGCUGCGAAUGCGCUGAAUAACAUAGCGCGCGCCGCAUUCGCCGUCGGAAUCGGCGGCGCUGCUGCCAAUUCCUGUCUCUACACCGUCGACGGUGGCCAGCGCGCCGUGAUAUUCGAUCGUUUCCAAGGAGUCAAGCCGGAUACCGUCGGCGAAGGAACUCACUUUCUGGUCCCGUGGCUUCAGAAGCCGUUCAUCUUCGACAUCCGCACUCGCCCCCACACAUUCUCCUCAAUUUCUGGCACAAAGGAUUUGCAGAUGGUCAAUCUGACACUGCGUGUGCUGUCUCGCCCUGAGGUGAAUCGUCUUUCCGACAUUUUCCAAACCCUAGGGCUAGAGUAUGACGAGAAAGUCCUGCCAUCUAUUGGUAAUGAGGUUCUGAAGGCUGUGGUUGCUCAAUUCAACGCUGAUCAAUUGCUCACUGAACGACCUCAUGUGUCUGCUCUCGUGAGAGAGAGUUUGAUCAGAAGGGCCAAGGAUUUCAACAUUGUUUUGGAUGACGUUGCCAUCACACACUUGUCGUAUGGUGCGGAAUUCUCAAAGGCUGUAGAGCAGAAGCAAGUGGCCCAACAAGAGGCGGAGAGGUCUAAGUUUGUGGUGAUGAAGGCAGAGCAGGAGAGGAGGGCUGCUAUCAUAAGGGCUGAGGGUGAAAGUGAGUCUGCUAAGCUGAUUUCUGAUGCAACUGCAGCUGCAGGGAUGGGUUUGAUCGAGCUGAGGAAGAUUGAGGCAGCAAAGGAAAAUGCAGCGUCUAUGGCCAGGAAUGGGAAUGUGGUUUAUCUGCCUAGCAGUAACAACAUGCUUCUCGGAGUUAACCCUGCACGUUAGUCAUGAGAGUGUUGAAGAUUGUCGGCUUGAGUUCCAUUCUUUGGUUUCUUCAAUGGAUGUUUGAGUUUUCAAUUUGCAGUUUCUAAAACCGCGACAAGUUGUAAGAAUGUUUCGGGUACAGAUGAGCGAUAAUAAUUUCGAACCAUAUGCUCCCUUUCCUCUGUCUCUAUCCUUAACUGACUACGAUUCCUAUCUUCUGUUUGCUAUGCCUAUGGAUGUGGUUUCUGCUUC